UGUUGUAAUAAUAUAGUGCAGAGCUCAAGUUUAAAUAGAAAAAUGAAAAAUACGAUUGAACUGACGAAAUGGUUUUUCAUAUUUUUAUACUUGUCGCAAUAUGCGAACACACAGCAUAUUCUCAACAAAUCUGGGAUACACUUUCUAAAUGUAGGUGACAGAGUAGUGAACAAUAAACCAGGACUUAAAAUAUAUUGUCACAAAGCUGAAAUGAAAAAACAUAUCUGGAGAAGUAUAACUAUGCAUCUAGAUAUCAAUUCAGAACAAUAUACUCUAUACUAUGGUGAAACACCUAAUGAAAUUCGCCAAAAAUAUGAUCAAAAUAAUACUUCACUUACAUAUUUUGAUGACAUAUCAAUAUUAAAUAGAUCUAAAAUUAAAAUUAACCCUUUCAAAGAUACAUGUAUAGGUGUUUACCUAGAUUCUUCCAAUAAAUCUAAUGAAUCUAAGUAUAUAAUGAGUAUAACAGAGACAAGCGUUGAUGAUGUAAUAAUCACUAUGAUGGUAACAGGUAUCCUAAUUUUUUGGUAUGCACAAAUAUUAAGUCAAAAGCCAGAGUUUUAUUAUGUAUGCGGUACUCUGUUUGGAGUUAUUAUAUUUAUCCUGAUUUUAAUAUAUCUAGCAUGGAAAUUAAUGCAAAAAGUCAACUUUACAUACUUGAUAGCCGCUGGAUUGAUGAGUAUUUUUCUUGUUAAUAUACAAUUAGAGAAUAAUCAAUUAAUCACAGAACAAUAUGGAAAAUACAUUACGUACUACAUUCUUAUAACAUCAUUGAUCAGCUUUGCGAUUUGCUAUCGUUUUGGUCCGGUAACUAAUCCAAGAACGAAACGAAUAACACAAUGGUUUUUACAGAUUAUGGGAUUAGUAUUGGUAUACAAUAGCAGUUACUGGCAUGAAGCAUCUUUUUUAUGCUGUUGUAUACUUGGAUGUUUAUACAAAUUUUUGUAAGCAACGCCUUAA